AUGACAGGACAGCAGCCCCCCCGCAUUCACAAUGAGAUUUACCCAUUCCUUCAUCCAUUAAAGUUUAGAAACUCUCUGAAAGGACAAGUUGUUCUUAUCACUGGAGCUCUUGGUACUAUCGCCGGCGCCGUCGCAGAAAGCUUUGCUACUGCUGGUGCCAGUCUCUUCUUGUCUGAUAUAGGAUCCUCACUGGCAGAUUCUACCAAGGAACGUCUUUUGUAUCUUGGUGCUGAUGCAGUGCAUUAUUCGCGCUGCGACGCCACCUCCACCGUCGGGGAGGUUGAUGUUCUCAUCAAUGGCGCAGGAGUUGUUGGUGUCCGCGUGUUUCACAAGCAGGAUCCUGCUCUUUUCUUUCGAGACAUGGCAAUUAACUUCAACGGCCCGCUAGUGCUGAUGCGUUCAGUCUUACCCAGCUUCAUUAAUAGACGCCAAGGGUGCGUGAUCAAUAUUGCUUCCAAGGCCGCCGCCAUGAGUUUUCCAUUCAACAUUAGUUAUUGUACCAGCAAGGCGGCCUUGAUCAAGUUGACUAGCAGCAUCCAGGCCGAGGUCGAUGAAGUUGCGCCAUCAUCCGACAUCCACCUGUACGCGAUCCAUCCCGGCGCGGUGCGUUCGGGCGUGAGCACAGCAGAUAACCAGCGGGAUAUCGCACUCGAGGAGUUUCCUGAAGUUACUUCCCGCUUCGCAGAGUGGAAGAAAAGGUUCACCGGCUCACCGCACUUGGUCGGCAUGUCGUGUGUGGCUCUUGCAACGGGCAUUGCGAAAGAUGCGUUGAGGGGCAGAUACUAUGACGUAGAACAGGACUUGGAGGACGUCAUCGCUCAGGCACCGUUGUUGAAGGCGGAUCCGCUGCUCCACACGCUGAAUAUCAGUAUGCUCGGGUCAAUGGAGCGAGAGGAGGGUGCUAUAGCGAGAGAGGCGGAAAAGAGCUUUGACUUCCCUGGCUUCUAA